AUGGGUGAGCCGCUGAACAUUUCACAUCGUAUUCCAUUAGAUGUGGUUGCUGCCCUUUCUGGAGAAUAUGAUUUUGCUAUUUACGGUACCAGUAAGGUUGUCAGAUCUUUGAAACGUACGCCGAAUCAAGAGCUUGAAGCCUUAAUAAAUCAGAAUGCAAAGAUACUGGUGCACAAACAGGAUGACAAAGAGAAGUCUUUGAUUAAAAAGCACAAACCUAAUACCAUCCAGGAGUAUCAAGGCAACGAAAAUCCCAUUGUGGUAGGAAUGAGAUUUGACCAAGCAAAAUUAACUAUAUACGAUUCUCGUUGUCACUUAUUAGUAAUGAUGUCCCGACACACCAAGGAAUUCCACUAUAUUUCUCCAAUUGAUGAUGCCACCACAAACUGGAUAGCUAAAGUUCAGAAACUUUCUGAUGAAGAGAUCAAUAGUUACGCUGUGGAGAAGAAGGAAGGGUACCUCCAUUUCGCUCAGAGAGAUCAGAAUCAGGAAGUGGAUGAGAGUUAUUGGCGCUUUGGUGAAAUGACAGCUGCUGGCCCAUUGACCGUCAUGCCUGAAAAAUUUUUCACUUACGGUGAAGGAAAGAGCUAUGAUUGUGUCCCCGAAAAGAGAAAAGCUGUAAUUGAGACUAUCAGGUCCAAUAUAGCUGAGUUGUACACUGGGCCACAAGGAAGUGACAUGGUGGUACAAGAGGUUCCUAGAGAAGACAUUGUGGAUGAAAAUCCGGAGGCUCCGACCGUGGCUGCCACCGUAGCCGACAUUGGUGCUCUACAAACGGUCUAUGACGAAAUUUUCCCCGGGGCUUCACUUCACAACUACGAUUAUGAUCACAAGCAUUUUGAGGCUUCUACCUAUCAACCCAAAGUAGAAAACGUAGAAAUUCUCAUUAACAAGAACAGUGUAAACAUUCCUUCGUUUGAUAAAAUGUCACCGUUGCUAAGAACAGCUGUGCCCAAGAUCCGUGACAAGACUCGCCUGGAGUUGCUAUAUGCCGUUGCUCAACGCAAUUGUAGCGUAGCCAAGUUGCGAGCUUUGUCUGAUGAGGGAUGGGUUUCAGGUCACAUGGUUGAUGUAUUUGUUGACACCUACAUAGCCCCGGAAUAUAGUGAUAUGUUCGCGGAAUUUGAGAAAGAACCUAUCCAAAUAGACGAAGAAGCUUUCAACGACUGGAUCAAAACCAAAGAAGAUUUUAAACUGGGACUCAUGACGGACGACGCCCCUUUCCCCUAUGAUGAGUUCAAAAAGUACGAUCUGAGCAUUAAAACCACAUGCAAACCGACACUCAAUCAGGCCUGUGUAACCACUUAUUCGGCGCCACAAGUCAUAGCUGCACAAAACCAAAGGUGCAAUGCGCUCUUUGGCCCUUAUGUGCGAAAAGCAAUGAAUAGACUGAUGCACGUGCUGGACCCUACUUUUUCAAUCUACACAGACUGCUCUCCAGAAGAAUAUGCUAAUAAACUUUCACAAUCCUUUCCUCCGGAUUUGUUGGAUCACUCGUGCAAGACUGAAUUGGACAUUUCAAAGUAUGACAAAAGCCAGGGCCUGCUUGCCAUCAACAUCAUCGUGGGAAUAUUCAGAAGACUGGGUGUGCCAGAACACGUGUGUCGUGGUAUGUAUGAGAGCCAUCGAAACACCGUGUUGAUGAGUCGAGAAUUCGGCGUUAAGUUGUUUGUGGAUUUGCAAAUGAAAAGUGGGAUUAGUUGGACACUAGCCGGUAACACCUUUGUGAACAUGACCGCAGCUGCGUGCACUUUUGAUUUGAAGAAGUUGCGAUUAUACCGUCAAUACGGAGUCCAAUACAAUCAUUUGGCUCAUGCCGGUUUCGUGGGCGAUGAUAGUUUCAUUUUGUCUCCAGAAACUUUCGAAAGGAGCCUCGCGGCUUCCUACGGUUCGUUGUUCAAUCUUGAGGUGAAAGUGUUAACAUAUGAGACUCUUUCCUUUUGUUCCAAGUUCGUCGUAAGAGACGGUGACAGGAUAGCAUUUGUACCAGAUGUUGUAAAAGUCAUUUCCAAAUUGGGUAGGAAUGAUCUGACUAACCCUCAGCAUGUGGAGGAGUAUAGGAUUUCAUUGGCUGACAAUUUGCGGUGUCUGAGUAAUGCUCGCCUCAUUCCUGAAAUAAGUAGAAUUGUUCAGGAAAGGUAUGGGGGAGGCAUCAACACUAACACACUGUGUACUGAAUUGUACAACUUAUCUCAAGACAAGGAAAGUUUUCAGAAACGUUUCGAAAUCCCGAAGGAAGGUCGUAUAUGCUAUGACCCUUCAUUGGGGAAAAUUUCAAGCAUGUAA